UUGCUGGACGCCUGCUGUUUGUCAUCCUAGUGUAUUUCUUUCAAUUGUAUGAAGCACAAGAUCUUCUCCCACCAUCACUGACAAUGAAUCCACCGGUGAUCACAGAGACAGACUCAGUCACUCUGCACUGUCAGACUCCACCAUCUGUUUCUGUGUCUCAUUGUUAUUUCUACACUUCAAGUGGACACACUGUCAGAGUUUUCUCUUGUCUGAAGACACUGGCAGGAACUGAGCUGCUGGAGAUGUCCCAACACAGAUCACCUGCUGAGGUUCAAGUGAAAUGUUAUUACACUGUAACAUUUGAAGGGUCAAAUUCUCCAUCUCCUCACAGUGACACGUCCUCCAUCACCGUACAAGGUCAAAAACCACAGAUGAGUCUUCAACAUUUUCCUGGUGAACUCGUUCUCUUUAUCUGCACUCUGCCUGGAUCUGCUAAUCAUGAUGUGAGAUGUAACCUGUACUUUGGAGAAAAAAAACAUCCAGUCCAAACAACCAGCGGGAAGAGAAGGGAUUCAAAGAAUCGGCUGUUCUGCCAGUUUACUUUCAGAGCCGAUGACUUUCUAAGACAUUUACAUUUUGUGAAAAGACAUGAUGCCAGCUGUGAUUAUAGUUUGGGAAGUGAAUCCGACUCUUUGUCUCCUCGUAGCGAUGGAUACAGCUUGACUGAUAUUGUGGGAAGCGAAUCAAAGAUGCGCUCCACAAUAUCAGCUCCUACUAUCCCCACAGAUAUUGAGGAAAAGGAGAAACGCUUGACACAGACUAUGACGACAUCUACUAUGACCACAGGUCUUACUGUUGGAUCAACAAACACUGGUAGUUUCAUUUCUACAUCCAUAACACCAGUGAAUCCAACACAAGAAACAUGGACAUGGAAGUUGAUAAUAGUUGUGGCUUCUCUGGGAGGUGUUAUCUUACUGGGACUGGCAUUUCUAUUCACCAAAAGAACAUUUGAAAGAUGUGCUGCGCAGAGGACACAAGCCAAUGUCACUGAUGACCUAAUGUGCAUGAGAAAGAUGGACCAUGGAGGAUUGUUACCUGCAGGUAAUGAGGAAGACUACAGUAUGAUCACCACAGUACCUGCUGCUGUUUGUCUUACUGGUUCUGAGAAACUGAGCCGGCAAGAGUCUCAAAAUGGGGAUUCUGACAUAUACCAUGUGUACUCCACCAUCUCCGAAGAGCCACCCCCAUCAGCCCUGGAGGACUUGGUGUACAGCACCCUGCAGGCUUAUUAAAUAGAACGCAAACUUCCUGAAGGAUCGCUUUUUGAACCAUGUCCAUUUUUUAAAACUUUUCUUUCAUUAUUUUAUAGUAUCUUAUGAUGUAAAGGGUAUCGAGGUAAUUAAAAUGUCUCAUGUCUGCAAAACAAUUAAAAUUGGAACAUUGAACCACAGAAUCCCUCUUUCCAAGCCAAAGGUAAUAAACUAACAGGUCUUCCAUUUCUUCUCGUCUGUCAGAGUGACCAGCACUGUGGCUGGGGGUUACCUCCCUGAGACUGUAUUUAGUUUGUAUGUGUGUCUUUGUGCAGACAUUUUGUUGUCUCGUCAAAGAUGUUGGUCUUGUCAGGUUUGUUAUUUUUCUCAUCAAGCUCCAGGUAAUUGGUUGGUCAUGUUUCAUGUUUCCUUACGUCAUCUUUGUCUGGUCUUCCACUUCUUGUUUAAUCCUGGUACUUUUUGGUACAGGUCUCUUGACUCCCUGUGUCAUUGCCCUCGUCAGCGUCAGCCCCGCCCCUGAUUGUUUCCACCUGUUCCCUGUUACCUCAUGUUUAAAUAGUCCUGUCUCCCCUCGUCUUCUGCCAGUUCAUCUUGUUCUGUCCUUGAGUCAGUUACCAGCAUACCAGCGUUUUGUUUCAUGCAUCAGGUCUGUUCCUUGUUCUUGAGUUUUUGUGCUAGUGAUUUUUCGUUCCUUGUUCUGAGUGAUUUUCCAUUGUUACUUUUGAAUACCCUUUUUGUUGUACUUUCUUUGGUAGGAAAUGUUGAUACUCAUACUGAGAGAGUUUCUGCUGAUACCUUUUGAUAGUUUCUUUUUGCAGUACUUUUUUCACCUCAUCCAGAGUGUUGUCUUUAAUCACUUAUCCUCCUUGUGAGUGCCUAGAAUUCUUCUUGCAUUUGGUAGACGGUGGUUAAACACACAUACAAGCACCUUUCUUUGUAUGUGAAAGAGCCAGAUAUAUAUCGUGAGCCCGUUAUGUAUUGGCAUCAGCAUGUGAUAUGAAGCUUUUACAUCGAGUUCAGAGAAAAACAACAAUUAACAUUUAGACUUUACUAUGUCACGUCUUCCUUGUUCAAAUGUUUUUUCUUUAACAGAUUCCUUUUCUGAGAAAAAUGCACAAGCUCUUCCUCCACCAACACUGACAAUGAAUCCACUGGUGAUCACAAAGACAGACUCAGUCACUCUGCACUGUCAGAUUCCACCGUCUGUUUCUGUGACUCACUGUUAUUUCUACACUGUGAAAGACGGAUCUGUCAGAGUCUUCUCUUGUCUGAAGACACUGACAGAAUCUGAGCUGCUUGAGAUAUCACAGCAGAGUUCACCUGCUGAUGUUGAGUUGACAUGUUAUUACACUGUGAAGCUUGGAGGGAUAAAUGAUCUAUCUCCACACAGUGACAUGUCCUCAUCACCAUACACAGUGAGUGACUGCUGUUCCCAUCUACCAAUAUUAUUAUCAGCACAAUAAAUUGGCAUGGUGUGAAAUCUCUUGUUUUUAACUGUAACAAACUAAAGAAAGUAAAAACUGAUAUAACAAAAUUAAUUUGUUUUUUGUUUGGUUGAUCGAUGGAUUUUUUGUGUUCAAUAUUUUCUAUAUGAUGAUUUGAUUACACUUUCUUUUUUUUCGAUAUUUUCCAUGAGUUAUCACAUCAGAUGACACGUGAUAAAUAUAUUACGAAGUUUUUAAAUAUUUGAAGAUACGAUGGGAAGAGAAUCACACAUUAUCCAGAGCGAGACAUCAAGUACAACCACAGGUUUGAAGUGCUACACCUAGAGAAAUAAAUCCAUUAAAACUCUCACUUCU